GCGUUUAUUUCCUUCCUCCAGAUAGACGGCUGACACCGCCAAAAUCUGGACGUAGCUCAGCCCAUACCUAUCGGAACACGGCAAUACUCGCUGCCCUAAAUACAACCUCAACUACUUCGUUUAAUCUCACCUAUUUAUCGUCUCGAGAACAACCCCUCGCCUACGACAGUACUCGAGACCGAAUCACUUUGUUUUGAAAAGAGACACGACAUAUUCAACUACCGGGUGUCCUACGACUCUAUUUUGAAAAAGGAACCCGUCUCAAAAACUCGGCACAAUGUCAAGUGUCUCCGACUUCUUCUCAACUGCCCCUGGGGGGGAUGGCGCCGCCGACAGCACGUGCGGAUCGGCGUCCCACAAACCGGUCGCGUCUAUAUUCGUACACGCAGGGGCAGGCUACCAUAGUGUAUUGAAUGAGAGAGUACAUCUUCAGGCAUGCACCGAUGCUGCCCGCAUUGGGAUGAGUUUCCUCAGAGCUGGCGCGACUGCCACACAGGCUGUCGAGGCCGCCAUCAGGUGUCUCGAAGAUAACGAGAUUACAAAUUCUGGAUUUGGGAGCAACUUGAACAUCGAUGGUGUGGUCGAGUGCGAUGCCACUAUUGUCGACCAUCUCGGAAGAAGCGGUGCUUGCGGUGCUGUUGGGGGUGUCAAGAACCCCAUCACACUGGCCAAGAAAAUUCUCGAUACGAGCAGAUUGCCACUGUCGCUUGGCAGAGUUCCGCCCAACAUCCUCGUAGGCUCAGGAGCCAAGGACUUCGCGGAGAAGCACGCACUAAAAACCACCCCAAACGAGCACCUAGUCUCGAGGAAUGCAAAGGACCGCUAUCUCCGGUGGAGCGAGUCCCUGAGGAGGGCCGAUACGAAGAGGUCUCGUCCGGUAUAUCCUAGGAAGUACUGGAUCAAUUGGGGAACAACACCAGACUAUGACACGGUUGCGAGCCCUUCCGAUGAUGCGCAGGCCCGAGACCAUUUCACCGCCAUCCUCAGGGGUACUUGGAAUGAGGGUCAACCCGACUCUCCGGAUGCUGGUCGCUCCCCUAUCGGCGGCCACGAACUGCCCGUAACCACAACCACUCCGGUAUUACCCAACUUCGAUCCCACCGGGGCGGCGGGGGAAGCGCCCGGCCAGCCCAAAUCCCCCAACCGCGAUCCCUUACGCCUUCUGAACUCCUCCUUUCAGUCACGUAGGGGCCCGCCGAAGCCGGUAGAGCCAGUAGCGUGCGCGGGGCUGGGAACCAAGUCGCCGCAUCUCGUACCGGACGUCCUACAGUCUCCCCUAGUCAACGAUGGGCCUGCAAACCACGAAGACACCGAGGUGGAUAUGGUAGAUGAUUUCAACUACUACGAGACAUAUGGGUUUGACUCCUCUUGUGAUAAGAACAAGACCAACGAGCCCGCGGCACAACCCCCCGCGGGGUUGGAGGAUGCUGCCGACAUGGUGACGGAUACGGUUGGGGUGAUUGCAAUCGAUCUGUUAGGGCAGAUUGCAGCAGGAUCCUCAUCUGGGGGCAUCGGAAUGAAGCACAAAGGCCGCACCGGCCCUGCCGCUCUAGUCGGCAUCGGGACCGCCGUAGUCCCAGAAGACCCAGAUGACGACCUAGCGACGUCGGUAGCCGCGGUUACCAGCGGCACCGGCGAGCACAUGGCAGCUUGCCUCGCUUCAAGCAAGUGCGCCGACCGCCUGUAUCAAGGUACGCGCCGUGGGCCUGGCGGGCGGGACAUACUCGAGGAGGACGAGCAUACCAUCAUGGAAUCCUUCGUCGUCGACGACUUCAUGAAUCACCCCGGGGUCAGAAGUCAGACCACCGCCGCGGCUAUCGGGGUAAUGGCUGUCAAGAAGGACCGCACAGGCGUCUACUUUUACUUUUCGCACAAUACGGACUCCUUUGCGCUGGCUUCCAUGUCGUCGACCGAACGCGAGCCGCUCUGUGUCAUGUCCCGCCUCGGUAAGACGGGGCGCGUCGCGCUGGGUGGGCGGAAGAUCCGGCUGGAUUAAGGCGUCGUUGUGAUACUGGAGGGCAUCGCUGGUAAUGUGCCCUGUUGGGGGUACGGCGUCAGGCGCUUUGAGAUGGAAGGAUAAGCUAAUACCUGUGGGAGACGAACCUCGACUGAGUCACCCUGCACUUUAUACCUUGUACCUUGUGAGAGUAGAGUCAGAGAUUACUGAUAGAAGUCAUUACAUGCUCCUUUUUGUGA